GCAGCCCCAGCCCGGGCGGAGGAAACUCCAUGUUGUAACAAAGUUUCCUCCGCGGCGCCGCUCCCGCGCCCGCCGCCCCGCGCCGCCGCCGGCCCCCGCCCCGCCUCCCCCCCCGGGGGCCGCGCCGGGGGGGGCCGCCCCCUCCCACCCACCCCCCCCCGGCGCCCAUGGAGCACCAGUCCAUCAUCGCCCAGGUUAGCAGGGAGGAGGGGAGCGCCCCGCUGCAGGAGAAAGGCACCCAAGUCCCCACCAAGAAGCCACGAAACCGCAGCAUCUUCCAGUCCCUCUUCUGCUGCCUGUGCCGCGAUGAGGGGGAGCCCUGUGCUGGCACCACAAGUGCCCCGCUGCUGGUGGAGGAGAACGGGGCCCUGCCCAAGGCUGCCGUCAGACACCUCUUGCCUGAGAUCAAGCCGCAGGAUGCCAGCAAGCUCUGCGUGGUCAUCGACCUGGACGAGACGCUGGUGCACAGCUCCUUCAAGCCAGUGAACAACGCUGACUUCAUCAUUCCCGUGGAAAUUGAUGGCAUCAUGCACCAGGUGUAUGUGCUCAAGCGGCCACACGUGGAUGAGUUCCUGCAGCGCAUGGGCGAGCUCUUUGAGUGCGUGCUCUUCACUGCCAGCCUGGCCAAGUACGCGGACCCCGUGGCCGACCUGCUGGAUAAAUGGGGUGCUUUCCGGGCACGGCUCUUCCGGGAAUCCUGUGUCUUCCACCGCGGUAACUACGUGAAGGACCUGAGCCGCCUGGGCCGUGACCUGCGCCGCAUCAUCAUUGUGGACAACUCGCCCGCAUCCUACAUCUUCCACCCUGACAAUGCCGUGCCGGUGGCUUCCUGGUUCGAUAACAUGGCGGACACGGAGCUGCUGGACCUGCUGCCCUUCUUCGAGAGGCUCAGCAAGGUGGAGGAUGUGUACUCAGUGCUCAAGAAGCAGCGGACUAACAGCUAGUGCCACCCCCCAAACCCGGGUGGGGCGCUACUGUGGUGGCUGGAUGCCUUAUUUUAGAGUGUGUGGGGGUGUCCCAGUGCAUCCCCCCUAUCGUCUUCCCCAGCCCCAGUGGGCAAGGGUGCCCUCCCUGCCUGCUGGUGGUGGGAGAUGUGGAUGUCCCUGCUGGGGAGCUGGUUGUCCCCUUCCCACAGAGGAGGGGGGGACGUGUGUGACCAACUGCCUUGCUGUGCUAGGGAACUAUUGUGGGGGGUCCAUCUCCUCCCCUCCAUCUCCCCCAAACCUGCAUCCCCCCUCCCUGAAAUGGUUCUCAGGUCCUAUUCUCCUCUAUGUCCCCCCGAGUGGAGAGGGGGGGUCAGCAGCUGCUGCUUUCCACUGCCUUUGGGGGGAUUGAGCCCCCCAUUUGGGCUCUGCCUGUUGGGGGAGCUGGCAGCCCUGGGCCCCUAUUUACAGGGGACAUGGGCAGGGUUAACCCCUUACCACCCCACAAAAAUGGGAAGGGGGGGAGGUGGUGUCUUUUUUGCCUUGGUGCGUGGAGCCACUAUUUUACCGUUAACUCUGCCUUUGGUGCAGCUGAUUGCCGGGGAGGGGGUGGAGGACGACAUAUCCCUACCCCUCUCUCCUGUCUUCUGCUGCCCCCUGCCUUGAGGGUGUGUUUUGGGGGGGCAGCCUGCCCUCAGGGCUGAGCCCCUGGCCCCCCACCAUGUGCCUUGGGACACCAUGUCUCCAUGCCCACCCCGCCUCUAGGCCCUGCAAGGAGUAUGCUGGGGGGCUCUUAACUCACCCCCUCCAGCCUCGGUUUCUUCCCAUAGCGGGGGUCUGGUGGCCUCUUCCUCCUCCAGUUACACCAUGUCAGUGGGAGCCACUCCAGUCACCAAUGGGGAGGUCCCCCCGUUGCAGGGGGAGCCAUGCACCCACUCCCCAUCCGUCUGCAGCUUCACCAAAGGCUGUGACUGCAAGGGGAGAGGGACCCCCAUACUAGCCUUAGUGUGCCCACCCGCAGCCUUACCCAGCCCCAGCCCCCCAGCUGGGGCAGGGAAGGGGGCACUCUGGGCCUCCCACUCCCUGCAGCCUGGGGUUACCCUGACCCCCAUGGGGUUGGGCUUGUGCCAGGGUACCCCCCAGCCUUGAUGGGCUGGGGGCUCUCAGGGAGGGUUUUUUUCGUGGGGGGGGAGGGGAGCUGACCUCAUCCAGGCCUUUUAAAGCAUCGCAAUAUGGACAAUGUCUCAUAUAUUUUUAGGGGGAAAAGCAACGGUUUCUCAAAAAAUCAUGGGUGCCUUUUUACCACUGUGCCAGGGAGGGGGAGCAGUAUUGAGGGUGGGGGUGGGAUGUGAGGAGUUUUAGCUCUCUGGUGCUGUUUGGCCAGCUCCUACCAAUACUGCCCUUCUCCUGAUGCCAGGUACCAGGGGUGGGCAGGGGUCCCCCCCAAGCUGCCUGCACCCCUGCCUCCACCUCCUGCCCCAUGGUGGGGGGUUGGGAUGUGGGAUGCUGCGGCACACCCCUCCCCACCAGACCCCUGCCAGCCCCCAGCCUGAUCCUGCCCCUCCAGGAGGGUUGAACUCAGCACUUUAUAUUAGACAAGUCAAAUGGCACCAGCAAAGCCCACUGCCCGGUGAGCACCCAUGGGUGCUGCAGCACCCAAAGAGUGCAGCCUCCACGCUGGGCACCCUUGGAAGCCCAGGAGGGCCAGCGGUGGCAUUGGGGGCGCUGGGGAGGGCUGGGGGACCAGAUCCAAGUGCCUUUGUGUGAUUAAAGCUGUUGUAUCAUCUUGGAAA